AUGGCGGCUCCCUUGGCUCUGGUGCUGGUAGUGGCCGUGACCGUGCGGGCGGCCUUGUUCCGCUCCAGUCUGGCCGAAUUCAUUUCCGAACGGGUGGAGGUGGUGUCCCCACUGAGUUCUUGGAAGAGAGUGGUUGAAGGCCUUUCACUGUUGGACUUGGGAGUGUCUCCGUAUUCUGGAGCAGUAUUUCAUGAAACUCCAUUAAUAAUAUACCUCUUUCAUUUCCUGAUUGACUAUGCUGAAUUGGUAUUUAUGGUAACUGAUGCACUCACUGCCAUUGCCCUGUAUUUUGCAAUCCAAGACUUCAAUAAAGUUGUGUUUAAAAAGCAGAAACUCCUCCUAGAACUAGACCAGUAUGCCCCAGAUGUGGCCGAACUCAUCCGAACCCCUAUGGAAAUGCGUUACAUCCCUCUGAAAGUGGCCCUGUUCUAUCUCUUAAAUCCCUACACGGUCUUGUCUUGUGUUGCCAAGUCUACCUGUGCCAUCAAUAACACCCUCAUUGCCUUCUUCAUUUUGACCACGAUAAAAGGUAGUGCCUUCCUCAGUGCUAUUUUUCUUGCCUUAGCAACAUACCAGUCUCUGUACCCACUCACCUUGUUUGUUCCAGGACUCCUCUAUCUCCUCCAGCGGCAGUAUAUACCUGUGAAAGUGAAGAGCAAAGCUUUCUGGAUCUUCUCUUGGGAGUAUGCCAUGAUGUACGUGGGAAGCCUAGUGGUAAUCAUUUGCCUCUCCUUCUUCCUUCUCAGCUCCUGGGACUUCAUCCCUGCAGUAUAUGGCUUCAUACUUUCUGUUCCAGAUCUCACUCCAAACAUCGGUCUUUUUUGGUACUUCUUCGCGGAGAUGUUUGAGCACUUCAGCCUCUUCUUUGUAUGUGUGUUUCAGAUCAACGUCUUCUUCUACACCAUUCCCUUAGCCAUAAAGCUAAAGGAGCACCCUGUCUUCUUCAUGUUCAUUCAGAUUGCCAUCAUCUCCAUCUUCAAGUCCUACCCAACAGUGGGGGACGUGGCCCUCUACAUGGCCUUCUUCCCUGUGUGGAACCAUCUCUACAGAUUCCUGAGAAACAUCUUUGUCCUCGCCUGCAUCAUUAUCGUCUGCUCCCUGCUCUUCCCUGUCCUGUGGCACCUCUGGAUUUAUGCAGGAAGUGCCAACUCUAAUUUCUUUUAUGCCAUCACAUUGACCUUCAACGUUGGGCAGAUCCUGCUCAUCUCCGAUUACUUCUAUGCCUUCCUGCGGCGGGAGUACUACCUCACACAUGGUCUCUACUUGACUGCCAAGGACGGCACGGAGGCCAUGCUUGUGCUCAAGUAG